CUUUUGUAGUCUUUUAGACAUGUCAACAACAUGCCGGAGUCCAGGAGUGAGGCAGAGACAGACGAGAAAGGAGAAAAGCCUUCUAAAAACAUAAUUUCUGUAAUUUCUCAGUUCGCUGACGAUCAUUUAACCUUUGUCCGGGUAAGAACCGACUGGGAUACAAAUUGCACAUUCAAACAUUGAUGGGGAGGAAGUAGACGCUUCGUUCAAAUGAGACAGCAGAUUAGCUGUUGUUAAAAUGUACUAAAGGUCCAGCUAACACAUUCCAACAUCUUUAGCUAACAUAUCUUGUUUUCUCCUCUAGAACAUCAGUACUGGACUAGCAAUUGCCGGGGUAAUAGUAAUAUCAAGGAGUAUUAAAUUGGUAAGUAGCUUAGCCUAUGCAUAAAAAGCCAAAUGUGAUGCAGGCAUGUUCCUCCAGGAGGCGGUAGCGAGUCGGGUUUCACACGAACCCUGGUUAAAGGAAGACUUUGGCUAAAUUCUCUCUCUGGCCAAUGUCAAGGGAAUUCUCUUAACGAUAUCGACAUAUUGUGGCGUUUUAACCAGACGAGAUGAGCCCUUCCCCCUUAUUCAAUGAAAUGCCAGAUGGCUGUUCUGCGUAGGUUAUAAGGUCAGGAUCAAUUUAGGAUGGCAGUUGAUGAGCUGUUAGCCUAAUGUGUUGUUUAUCCAAGUUGAUGUUGUUUAGAUAGUCAGCCUAACAGCCUUUUCUUCUUACCAGAUCAUCAACUUCCAUCCCUUGGCUUUAGAAAGGUCGUUUUGUUUAGCUAAUAUAAUGAUCUGUCGUUUUGUUUAGCUAGUAGAAUGAUCUGUCGUUUUGUUUAGCAGUAACCAAAAGGUCGCUGGUUCUAAUCCCGGAGCGACUAGGUGAAACAUCUGUCGAUGUGCCCAUGAGCAAGGCACUUAACCCUAAUUGCUCAUGUAAGUCGCUCUGGAUAAGAGCGUCUGCUAAAUGACUAAAAAAUAAAUAAAACAUUUAUUUAAAAAAAUACUAAUAGAAUGAUCUGUCGUUUUGUUUAGCUAAUAGAAUGAUCUGUCGUUUUGUUGAGCUAAUAGAAUGAUCUGUUUUGUUUAGGUAAUAGAAUGAUCUGUUGUUUGUUUAGCUAAUAUACUGAACAAAAAUAUAAACACAUGUAAAGUGAUGGCCCCAUGUUUCAUGAGCUGAAAUAAAAGAUCCCAGAAAUGUUCUAUAUACACAAAAAGCUUAUUUCUCUAAUUUUGUGCACAAAUUUGUUUACAUCCCUGUUAGUGAACAUUUCUCCUUUGCCAAGAUAACCCAUCCACCUGACAGGUGUAGCAUAUCAAGAAGCUGAUUAAACAGUGUGAUCAUUACACAGGGUGCACCUUGUGCUGGGGACAAUAAAAGGCCACUCUAAAAUGUGCAGUUUUGUCACACAACACAAUGCAAUAGAUGUGUCAAGUUUUGAGGGAGUGUGCAAUUGGCAUGCUGACUGCAGGAAUGUCCACCGGAGCUGUUGCCAAGAUAAUUUAAUGUUCAUGUCUCUACCGUAAGCCGACUCCAAUGUUGUUUUAGAGAAUUUGGCAGUACGUCCAACCGGCCUCACAACAGCAGACAUUUACAUUUACGUCAUUUAGCAGACGCUCUUAUCCAGAGCGACUUACAAAUUGGUGCAUUCAAUUUAUGAGCGGGAACUGUGCUUCCGUAGAGAUAGGGGGGUUAGCAGGCCAGAGGUGGAUGAACAUUGUGCCCUCGUUUGGGUGUAGGGUCUGAUCAGAGCCUGAAGGUAAGGAGGUGCCGUUCCCCUCACAGCUCCGUAGGCAAACACCAUGGUUUUGUAGUAGAUGCGAGCCUCAAUUGGAAGCCAUUGGAGUGUGCAGAGGAGCGGGGUGACAUGAGAGAACUUGGGAAGGUUGAACACCAGACCAUGUGUAACCACGCCAGCCCAGGACCUCCAAAUCCGUCUUAGUCACCAGCCACCCGGACAGCUGAUGAAACAGGAGUAUUUCUGUCUGUAAUAAAGCCCUUUUGUGGGGAAAAACGGAUUCUGAUUGGCUGGACCAGCUGUCCCUGUCCAGUCAUGUGAAAUCCAUCGUUUAAUUGACUAAUUUCCUUAUAUGAACUGUAACUCAGUAAAAUCGUUGAAAUUGUUGCAUAUUGCGUUUAUAUUUUUUUUCAGAAUGAUCUGUGGUUUUGUUUACCCAAUAGAAUGCUAGUAGCAGUUCCAAUUCUGUGUUGCCAAAACAAUAUUUCAUGGUGACUUAGGAAGGUUCAGUGUAACUGAUUACAACACAUUGUACUUACAACAGUUAUUCCCAUUAAGAAUGCUUUUCUAACAAGGUCUUUCAUGUCUCACCACCCUCGUCAGAUGACUAGGUUCGGCGUAGCCUCUGAGAUCCCAGCACGGUUCAUAGAGAACAAUGUGAGCCUCAGAGGGAGGGUCCAGACCAUCACAGAGAGAGCCCUGGAAGUGGAGCACGUCCCCAUCUACAUCCCUCUCCUCUCCCCCCUGCUGGCUAAACGUACCCCCAUCUACAUCUCGCUCCUCUCCCCCCUGCUGGCUAAAGGUACCCCCAUCUACAUCCCUCUCCUCUGCCCCCUGCUGGCUAAAGGUACCCCCAUCUACAUCCCUCUCCUCUCCCCCCUGCUGGCUAAAGGUACCCCCCAUCUACUCCCCAUCGACAUCUCUCUCCUCUCCCCCUGCUGGCUAAAAGGUACCCCCCAUUACAUCCCUCUCCUCUCCCCCUGCUGGCUAAAGGUACCCCAUCUACAUCUCUCUCCUCUCCCCCUGCUGGCUAAAGGUACCCCCAUCUACAUCCCUCUCCUCUCCCCCUGCUGGCUAAAGUACCCCCCAUCUACAUCUCUCUCCUCCCCCCCUGCUGGCUAAACAUACCUCCAUCUACAUCUCUCUCCUCUCCCCCUGCUGACUAAAGGUACCCCCACCUACAAUCCCUCUCCUCUCCUCCCCCUGCUGACUAAAGGUACCCCCCACCUACAUCCCUCUCCUCUCCCCCUGCUGACUAAAGGUACCCCCACCUACAUCCCUCUCCUCUGCCCCCUGCUGGCUAAAGGUACCUCCAUCUACAUCUCUCUCCUCUCCCCACUGCUGGCUAAACGUACCCCCAUCUACAUCCCUCUCCUCUGCCCCUGCUGGCUUAACGUAUGGAAGAAUGAAUGGGUUCACAUCCCCUUCAACUUUAAUAAUAAUAACAUAAUUGGUCAUUUAGCAGACGCUGUUAUCCAGAGCGACUUACAGGAGCAAUUAGGGUUAAGUGCCUUGCUCAAGGGCACAUCGACAGAUUUUUCACCUAGUGGGCUCGGGGAUUAGAACCAGCGACCUUUCGGUUACUGGCACAACACUCUUACCCACUAAGCUACCUGCCUCUACAGUGUGAUAGACCAACUGCUGCGCUCUUUAACAUAAGUGUGUCAGCCAUAUACCAUCUGCUGCGCUCUUUAACAUAACUGAGUCAGCCAUAGACCAUCUUCUGUACUCUUUAACAUAACUGUGUCAGCCAUAGACCGCCUGCUGCGCUCUUUAACAUAACUGUGUCAGCCAUAGACCAUCUGCUCUCUUUAACAUAACUGAGUCAGCCAUAGACCAUCUGCUGCUCUCUUUAACAUAACUUUGUCAGCCAUAGACCAUCUGCUCUCUUUAACAUAUCUGUGUCAGCCAUAGACCAUCUGCUGCUCUCUUUAACAUAACUGUGUCAGCCAUAGACCAUCUGCUCUCUUUAACAUAACUGAGUCAGCCAUAGACCAUCUGCUGCGCUCUUUAACAUAACUGUGUCAGCCAUAGACCGCCUGCUGCGCUCUUUAACAUAAGUGUGUCGGCCAUAGACCAUCUGCUGCUCUCUUUGACAUAUCGGAGUCAGCUAUAUACCAUCUGCUGCUCUCUUUAACAUAUCUGAGUCAGCCAUAGACCAUCUUCUGCUCUCUUUAACAUAACUGAGUCAGCCACAGACCAUCUGCUGCUCUCUUUAACAUACCUGAGUCAGCCAUAAACCAUCUGCUGCUCUCUUUAACAUAACGGAGUCAGCCAUAGACCAUCUGCUGCUCUAUUUAACAUAAAUGUGUCAGCCAUAUACCAUCUGCUGCUCUCUUUAACAUAACUAUGUCAGCCAUAUACCAUCUGCUGCUCUCUUUAACAUAACUGUUUCAGCCAUAGACUGUCUGCUCUCUUUAACAUAUCUGAGUCAGCCAUAGACCAUCUGCUCUCUUUAACAUAUAUGUGUCAGCCAUAGACCAUCUGCUGCUCUCUUUAAUGUAACUGUGUCAGCCAUAGACCAUCUGCUGCUCUCUUUAACAUAACUGUGUCAACCAUAGACCAUCUGCUCUCUUUAACAUAACUGUGUCAGCCAUAUACCAUCUGCUCUCUUUAACAUAUCUGUGUCAGCCAUUGACCAUCUGCUGCUCUCUUUAACAUAACUGUGUCAACCUUAGACCAUCUGCUGCUCUCUUUAAUAUAUCUGUGUCAGCCAUAGACCAUCUGCUGCUCUCUUUAACAUAACUAUGUCAGCCAUAGACCAUUUGCUGCUCUCUUUAACAUAACUGUGUCAGCCAUAGACCAUCUGCUCUCUUUAACAUAUCUGUGUCAGCCAUAUACCAUCUGCUGCACUCUUUAACAUAAUGGAGUCAGCCAUAGACCAUCUGCUGUGCUCUUUAACAUAACUGUGUCAGCCAUAGACCGCCUGCUGCGCUCUUUAACAUAAGUGUGUCGGCCAUAGACCAUCUGCUGCUCUCUUUGACAUAUCGGAGUCAGCUAUAUACCAUCUGCUGCUCUCUUUAACAUAACUGAGUCAGCCAUAGACCAUCUGCUGCUCUAUUUAACAUAACUGAGUCAGCCAUAAACCAUCUGCUGCUCUCUUUAACAUAACGGAGUCAGCCAUAUACCAUCUGCUGCUCUCUUUAACAUAACUAUGUCAUCCAUAUACCAUCUGCUGCUCUCUUUAACAUAACUGAGUCAGCCAUAGACCAUCUGCUGCACUCUUUAACAUAACUGAGUCAGCCAUAGACUGUCUGCUCUCUUUAACAUCCUGAGUCAGCCAUAGACCAUCUGCUCUCUUUAAAAUAUAUGUGUCAGCCAUAGACCAUCUGCUGCUCUCUUUAAUGUAACUGUGUCAGCCAUAGACCAUCUGCUGCUCUCUUUAACAUAACUGUGUCAACCAUAGACCAUCUGCUCUCUUUAACAUAACUGUGUCAGCCAUAGACCAUCUGCUCUCUUUAACAUAUCUGUGUCAGCCAUAGACCAUCUGCUGCUCUCUUUAACAUAACUGUGUCAACCAUAGACCAUCUGCUCUCUUUAACAUAACUGUGUCAGCCAUAGACCAUCUGCUCUCUUUAACAUAUCUGUGUCAGCCAUUGACCAUCUGCUGCUCUCUUUAACAUAACUGUGUCAGCCAUAGACCAUCUGCUGCUCUCUUUAAUAUAUCUGUGUCAGCCAUAGACCAUCUGCUGCUCUCUUUAACAUAACUAUGUCAGCCAUAGACCAUUUGCUGCUCUCUUUAACAUAACUGUGUCAGCCAUAGACCAUCUACUCUCUUUAACAUAUCUGUGUCAACCUUAGACCAUCUGCUGCUCUCUUUAAUAUAUCUGAGUCAGCCAUAGACCGUCUGCUGCUCUCUUUAAUAUAUCUGAGUCAGCCAUAGACCGUCUGCUCUCUUUAACUAUGCUGUUGGAUUUAGUGGAAGGGAAGGUUGGCUUUGAUAUUUGCUGAAGUAUUGUAGUCAACCUAAUGGUUAGCCUCUCCUGUAGAGUCAGUUUUCUAUAUUUUCCUAAAACCAAAGUAAAUGCUACUUUAAUCCAAUUCAUUUGAUUUGAUAGGUAUUGGAUCAUGGCUUGAUGUCUGAUGAAGGUCAUUGUGACUGAAACACGACAUCUUUUUCACCUUUAUCUAAUUAAGACCAACAUUUUUUUGUAAAAAUUGAGUGAGUUUCAUGCCUUCUGCCCGCAUUACAUUUACAUUUACAUUUUAGUCAUUUAGCAGACGCUCUUAUCCAGAGCGACUUACAGUUAGUGAAUACAUAUUUUUUUUUAUACUGGCCCCCCAUGGGAAUCGAACCCACAACCCUGGCGUUGCAAACGCCAUGCUCUAUCAACUGAGCUACAUCCCUGCCGGCCAUUCCCUCCCCUACCCUGGACGACGCUGGGCCAAUUGUGCGCCGCCCAUGAGUCUCCCGGUCGCGGCCGGCUGCGACAGAGCCUGGAUUCGAACCAGGAUCUAGUGGCACAGUUAGCACUGCGAUGCAGUGCCUUAGACCACUGCGCCACUCAGGAGACGUGCAUUCAGAGGCACCGGACCGUACACAUUUACAAGAUGUAGUUUAGCUCCCUUCAUCAGACUGAGUUAGCAUAGGAAGCCUGUUAGAGAAGAGGCUGAGUUAGCAUAGGAAGCCUGUUAGAGAAGAGGCUGAGUUAGCAUAGGAAGCCUGUUAGAGAAGAGGCUGAGUUAGCAUAGGAAGCCUGUUAGAGAAGAGGCUGAGUUAGCAUAGGAAGCCUGUUAGAGAAGAGGCUGAGUUAGCAUAGGAAGCCUGUUAGAGAAGAGGCUGAGUUAGCAUAGUAAGCCUGUUAGAGAAGAGGCUGAGUUAGCAUAGGAAGCCUGUUAGAGAAGAGGCUAGCUGCAGUAUUAAGUUAUGGUUCUGCCCUGCAGUCAAACUGAGGGUACUAGAUAGUGCUCUUUCAGCUCCAUCCGUGGCCAGGGAGAUUCUCUUACUAAGCUCUUCUCGAGUUAAAGAGAUUAGAAGUGUCUCUCUCUAUAGCUCUGUCUCUUUGAGUUCCUGUUGUUUUACGACACAGGCUUGACCUCUGGCCACAGUUUUUUGUUGUUGCGUGUAUUCGCUUGCCUGUGCCUUUAGUAAUACAGUAUAUCUACUGCUGUAGUUGGACAGCUUUCCAUAGUGCAUGUCUGCUGCUAUAUCUUCCAACAGUCUGUCUUUCUGUUUGUUCUUUCAGUUGGUCAGGAUCUUCACUGUGCCACCUUCAGGUUUAUGCAGUGGACCACAGCCAUAGUUCAACAUCCAGGUCCACUCUACAGGGGUCAAGAGGUCAGGUGUACUGUGUGUGUGUCUCACCUGGGCAGGUCUUCUCUCCUCAGGUGGUGGUGGUGUGUUUCCCCUGGCUGUGCGCCUGGCGGGGGUGGAGCUGACCCCAGAGGGGAGGGCGUGGCUUGAGCAGCACCUGAGCCCGGCCCAGACGGUGUGGCUCAAACUGGUCAGCAGAGAGGAGGAGACACUGCACUGUCUGGUGUCUGUUAGAAGGGUCAGUUACUGUCUGUCUGUUAGCAGGGUCAGUUACUGUCUGUUAGAAGGGUCAGUUACUGUCUGUCUGUUAGCAGGGUCAGUUACUGUCUGUUAGAAGGGUCAGUUACUGUCUGUCUGUUAGCAGGGUCAGUUACUGUCUGUCUGUUAGCAGGGUCAGUUACUGUCUGUCUGUUAGCAGGGUCAGUUACUGUCUGUCUGUUAGAAGGGUCAGUUACUGUCUGUUAGAAGGGUCAGUUACUGUCUGUCUGUUAGCAGGCUCAGUUACUGUCUGUCUGUUAGCAGGGUCAGUUACUGUCUGUCUGUUAGAAGGGUCAGUUACUGUCUGUCUGUUAGCAGGGUCAGUUACUGUCUGUCUGUUAGCAGGGUCAGUUACUGUCUGUCUGUUAGCAGGGUCAGUUACUGUCUGUCUGUUAGCAGGGUCAGUUACUGUCUGUCUGUUAGAAGGGUCAGUUACUGUCUGUCUGUUAGCAGGGUCAGUUUACUGUCUGUCUGUUAGCAGGGUCAGUUACUGUCUGUCUGUUAGCAGGGUCAGUUACUGUCUGUUGUUAGCAGGGUCAGUUACUGUCUGUCUGUUAGCAGGGUCAGUUAAUGUCUGUCUGUUAGCAGGUCAGUUGCUACUAUCUGUCUGUUAGCAGCGGUCCAAGGUUAACUGUCUGUCUGUUAGCAGGGGUCAGUUACCUGUCAGUCUGUAGCGGGGUCAGUUACUGUCUGUCUGUUAGCAGGGUCCAGUUACUGUCUGUCUGUUAGAAGGGUCAGUUACUGCUGUCUGUUAGCAGGGUCAGUUACUGUAUGUCUGUUAGCCAGGGUCAGUUACUGUCUGUUGUUAGCAGGCGUCAGUUACUCUAUGUCUGUUAGCAGGGGUUAGUUAUGUCUGUCUGUUAGCAGGGUCAGUUACUGUCUGUUAGAAGGGUCCGUUACUGUCUGUCUGUUAGCAGGGUCAGUUACUGUCUGUCUGUUAGCAGGGUCAGUUGCUUUCUGUUAGAAGGGUCCGUUACUUGUAUGUCUUUACUCAGGGUAAGUUACUGUCUGUUAUCAGGGUCAGUAUGUCUGUUUUAUCAGGGUCAGUAUGUCUGUCUGUUAAGCAGGGUCAGUUACUGUCUGUCUGUUAGCAGGGUCAGUUACUGUCUGUCUGUUAGCAGGGUCAGUUGCUUUCUGUUAGAAGGGUCCGUUACUGUCUGUCUGUUAUCAGGGUCAGUUACUGUCUGUUAUCAGGGUCAGUUACUGUCUGUCUGUUAGCAGGGUCAGUUACUGUCUGUCUGUUAGCAGGGUCAGUUACUGUCUGUUAGAAGGGUCUGUUACUGUCUGUCUGUUAGCAGGGUCAGUUACUGUCUGUGUAUGUUAACAGGUACAGUUACUGUCUAUGUCUGUUAACAGGGUCAGUUACUGUCUUUGUCUGUUAGCAGGUCAGUAAGGCUGCAAAUGAGCAAUUAGUGUAAAAAAGAUCAGAAUUGGACUGCCUGUGUAAAUGCAGCCUUACUGUCUGUGUCUGUGAUUGGAGGAACAUUAGUUAGUUACUGACUCUCUGGUAUCUUCAGGACACUGUUACUCUUUAUGACUGUAUUAAUUAACUGAAUGUUGGAAGACAAUGAAACCUACAGAUAAGUGUUAUUAACCUCCCUCUGUCUCUCUCCCCCAGGGGUCACUGAGGAGUCUGUGUCUGAAUGACGAGGUGUUGAGGUUGGGUCUGGCACGCACCGUCCCAGUCUCUGGACUCCACCCCCAGUCCCGUCUCUACCUGCGGCUCCACCAACGGCUGCUCAGGGCAGAGGUCAAGGCCGAGCGGAAGGGGCGGGGCAUGUGGAAAGAGGACAGCCUAUGGGAAAGGACCUCACAGGCCGUCAGGGAGAACUCACUGGUCAGACUGAUCAGGAGGAUCUUCAAGUGGACAUGAUUGGUUGAUUGACUGACUGACUGACUGAUUGAUUGGUUGAUUGACUGACUGACUGACUGACUGACUGAAUGAUUGGUUGAUUGACUGACUGACUGGUU